AUGAGCCAGGAAACGAUGAAUGACGGGGAGGAAACGACGCCAGCGUUGCAUCAAAAGAAAGCCUCGAAGGUGGAUGACUCUCACAGUGUGAGUCCUCCCCUGGAUGGAGGACUUCAGGCUUGGAGUGUGGUGGCCGGAUCAUUCCUGUGUCUUUUUGUCAGUUUUGGCUGGGUGAAUUGCAUUGGCCUAUUUCAGACAUAUUACGAGACCAACCAGCUGAAAGGGUAUUCCGCCAGCACAAUUGCAUGGAUCACGUCUUUCGAGGUCUUUAUCAUGUUCCUAGGGGGUCCCAUCCUAGGUAAAAUCUGCGAUGUGCAUGGCCCCCGGUAUCCGCUAUUCAUCGGGACGUCCAUGCACGUGUUCGGACUUAUGAUGACCUCGCUUUGCAAGGAAUAUUACCAGUUCCUGUUGGCGCAGGGGAUCUGUAGCAGCAUCGGGGCCAGUUGUAUUUUUUACGCCGCCCUCGGAGCCACAAGCACAUGGUUCAGUCGAAAGGCCGGACUGGCCAUCGGCAUCGUCGCCAGCGGGUCCAGUUUAGGCGGCGUCGUCUUUCCCAUCAUGAUCAACAAGCUCCUGCCAGAGAUUGGCUUUGCGUGGACCAUGCGCACCUCCGCGUUCAUCAUCCUCGGCCUUCUGGCCGUUGCCAAUGUCACCGUCCGGACUCGUCUGCCACCUAAUCCCAAGCCAGGCAGCCCAAAGGACCUGGUGAUGCCGUUCACGGAGCCCCUGUUCUGUCUCACUGCCAUGGGGGCAUUCCUGUUUUCGUUCGGUCUCUUUCCGCCCAUCAAUUAUGUGAUUUCCGAAGCAAUCUACCGGGGCAUGGGCUACGAUCUAGCGUUGUACAUGCUGCCCAUCCUCAACGGCGCAAGUUUAUUCGGCCGGAUCAUUCCCGGCGCGCUAGGCGACAAAGUGGGCCGCUAUAACUGCAUGGUCAUCAUGACCGGGCUGACAGCCGUUGUGGUCCUGGCCAUCUGGAUCCCCGUCACCACCAACGCCGGCAUCAUCCUCUUCGCUGCGGCCUUUGGGCUGACAUCUGGCGCCUUCAUCUCCCUGGCUCCGGCUCUGAUCACGCAGAUCUCCGAUGUAUCCAAGGUCGGAGUGCGGAUCGGCGCCAUGUACGCAGUGACCUCUGUCGCCAAUCUCACUAGUAAUCCUAUCGGCGGGGGACUGAUCUCCGCCUGGGAUGGGAGGUACACAGGGCUGAUGGUGUUUUGUGGUGUGGUGGAAGCAGCUGGAAUGUUGUUCUUCCUUGCUGCGCGGAUUUACCAGACGGGAUUUCGGGUGGCUGUUGUGGUGUGA